CAUCAACACGGUCUUUUUUUAAAGUUCCGUAGACGAUGAGAGAAGGGGGGUUGUGAGGAUACGGAAAAUAGGGACAGUUUGAAUAUUUUAGAUGUUCACGGGACAUAAAAAUAAUCAAAAGAAGAGGUGAAGGAGUAUAUCUGGGCGUUUUUGUACCAUAUUAACCAUUUCCUGGUGUUUAAAUACGGGUAGGCAAUAGCUAGCGCCAUCAGGCUAACGGCGUUAGCAGUUAGCUAUCAACCAAACGACAAAGGAAAUAUAGCCAGUAAAUUCACAUUUCCAUAACUAUAUAUUUUAUACGCUUUGCUUUUUCGGAUUGGGGCCUUAUUUUUUGACCAACCACCAAGAUAACAGAAAACGGAAGACUCGACCUGUUUGAAUAAACCCUACAGAAAUCCACUAAAAUGGCGGAGCCGGACAAAUUAAACAUUGACUCCAUAAUACAGCGUCUCCUGGAAGUUAAAGGCUCCAGGCCAGGCAAGAACGUACAACUGACAGAGAGUGAAAUCCGUGGCCUCUGUCUCAAAUCCCGAGAAAUUUUCCUCAGCCAGCCGAUCCUGCUGGAGCUGGAAGCACCGCUCAAGAUCUGUGGUGAUGUUCAUGGCCAGUACUAUGACCUUCUUCGUCUCUUUGAGUAUGGCGGCUUUCCUCCUGAAAGCAACUACUUGUUCUUGGGGGACUAUGUGGAUAGAGGGAAACAGUCUCUAGAGACCAUUUGCCUCCUGUUGGCCUACAAAGUCAAAUAUCCUGAAAACUUCUUCCUUCUGCGUGGCAACCACGAGUGCGCCUCUAUCAACCGUAUAUAUGGCUUCUAUGAUGAGUGUAAGCGACGGUAUAACAUUAAGCUGUGGAAGACCUUCACAGACUGUUUCAAUUGUUUACCUGUGGCUGCCAUUGUAGACGAGAAGAUCUUCUGUUGCCAUGGCGGCCUCUCUCCAGACCUGCAGUCAAUGGAGCAGGUGCGACGCGUCAUGCGGCCCACGGAUGUGCCUGACCAGGGGCUGCUGUGUGACCUGCUUUGGGCCGACCCAGACAAAGACGUACUAGGUUGGGGAGAGAAUGACCGUGGUGUGUCCUUCACCUUCGGUGCAGACGUGGUGGCCAAAUUUCUUCACAAACAUGACAUGGACCUAAUAUGCAGGGCACAUCAGGUGGUGGAGGAUGGUUAUGAGUUUUUUGCGAAGAGACAGUUAGUCACCCUGUUUUCCGCUCCCAACUACUGUGGCGAGUUUGAUAACGCCGGGGCCAUGAUGAGUGUGGAUGAGACACUCAUGUGUUCCUUCCAGAUCCUUAAGCCAGCUGAUAAGAAGCUGUACUACGGUGGAGGAGGUGGAAUGGGCUCAGGACGUCCAGUCACCCCACCGCGAAAUUCAGCCAAGGGUGGAAAAGCCAAGAAAUAACACCAGCUGGAUGAUCCCUCCACCCCCAACGUCGUCGUCUCCUGAAAAUUCCCUGUUCUCUCCCUACUCUUUCUCUACCUCCCUUCUUUCUUUCCAUCUCCAAAUGGCUAUAAAGCAAAACAGUACCCAGGGUUGAAGUCCUUUUCUCUCUCUCUCUCUUUCUUUUGUAUCUUCUUUUUUUUUUUUUUUUUCAUGUAACUUUACAAAUGUGUGUUUAUAUAUGAGACUGCGUGUGUGAGCAUCGGUUAUGUUUGUUAGGCUCUUUGUGUUUGUCUUUCCACCCAUCCUUCCCUUCCCCUCCACCGCUCAUUGCCCCCAUCUCUCCACCUGUCUCUGUCAGGGAGCCUCUGACGAAGUCUACAUUUGAACUCCCAGCCUGGCUCUGGGAAAGAUUGAGACACAGAGAGUGGUCAAAGGGGGGCAGGUCGAGAGGUGCGGGUGAAGUCCCCCUCACUGUUUAUGUCCUGACACCCUCCUGCAUUGUUUUAAACAGAACUUGCACAUCCUGCAUUAGUUAGAGAGCCAGUCUGAGUGAAAUGUGAUAAAUGUAUACACACACGCAGGGAGAAUGGAUGUGCAGAGAAAGCGUGAGGUAGAGAGAGACUGUCACAGGUGCAUAAUUUCCAUUUAGAGAUCCAGUGAUUUAAAACAAUCAAUCAUGUUGGAACUUUUUACUUCUUUUUUUCUUUUUUUGUAGAUGGAUCACAACAAAAGCUUUGAAAUUCUUUGCUUACUAUCUGUGUUUUUUUAGUGUCUUUUUUGAAAGACAAUUAUCAAUAAAGAGAACUUUAUUUAAA